AUGAAGUCAAAUGUACAAUCAGAGAAUGGAAAGUUCAACCUCAAACUCCUACAUAACGAACUUUUUCGAGCUUCCGAGUUCCGCCACUCUUCUGUACACAGACUUCCAAAGGUUCCACUGCUGCAUCAAGAGUUGUCGGUGAAAAGGCUCAGAGGGAUCCACGACGGAGCUGAGGCGAUCAGGCCAGGAGCGGCGGCUUCUUCACUGAAAACGAUUUGCUUGAAAGAGCUUGUUAACGGUCAGUCGUUUGAACCGCUUGUUGUUGGAGCUAAAAACCUUAAAUCUUUGAAAAUUAUUCAUUGUUUGGGUGAUUGGGACAGAAUCCUUCAAUUACUUGGGAAUCAAGAUCGAUACCGAAAAGAAAAUCUAUAUGUUAAUAACAAUGAAAGCAAUGCUGAGCAUUGUAAGUUGUUAAAGAAGCUUCAUGUUGAUGGAUGGAGAACUAAUAGAAUUGGAGACGAGGGCUUGGCGGCUGUAGCCAAACACUGUCUUAAUUUAGAAGAACUCGUUUUGGUUGGUGUUAAUGCUACUUAUUUAAGCUUGGAAGCCAUUGCUUCUAAUUGCUCGAAACUCGAGAGAUUAGCACUUUGCGGAAGCGGGACUAUCGGUAAUACUGAGAUUGCAUACUUUGCAGCCAAAUGUAAGGCUUUGAAGAAACUUUGCAUCAAGGGAUGUCCUAUAUCGGAUAUUGCCAUUGAAGCCCUGGGCUCUGGUUGUCCCAGUUUGAUGAAAAUUAAGUUGAGGAAAUGUAGAGGAGUGAGUUGCGAGGCCGGCGAAUGGUUGCGCGAUCAAAGGGAAUCACUAGUGAUCAAUAUGGAUGCUUGUGAGGUAGAUGGUGGUUUCGAGGCUAGUGUCAGCAACGGUGGAAUUCUUGAAGUCGGGUUGGAUUAUCUGCAGGUGGUUGGCCAAGUAACCGGCGGAGAUGCUUCGACGAGCAGCAAUGGCAGGUUAGCAUUGUUAAGGUCCAAGUUUGGGGUUUUUGCUAAUAGGAAUUUAGUGGCAUGCACAUUUAGAAGGUGGUCUAACGGUGAUGAUAGUUUCAGUAGCAACUUGUGA